UUCCAAACGUUAACGCAGUAAUGAUGUAAUCUCGCGUGAUAGGGCGAGACAUCUGGCACACCCGGCUUACGAAGACAAUUCAAACAUUUGUGUUUGACGGCUUCCAAGAGUAACGGAAUAAACAUCAUACCAACAACAGACGUUAUUAGGCUGAAAUGGAGGCACACGUGACGUGGUAACGUCUCUCGGUUGGUAGUAGUGAAGCGCACCGGCGGCGCUCGUAGAUGCACCAGCAGGGCUCGUUGAUGCCCCCUUUGCUCAGGGAUGUAUUCUGCCAGUGCCGGGCGUCCGGAUCGCACCCAGGUGUGGACCCGGGCGGCGGAGGCGGACACGCCAAGGACCCCUCAUCAACUUUGCCCCCCGAGCCGGGACCGAGGGAGUCGAUGGCCGCCGACGCUGCCUCGGAUCCCGGCCUGCCCGUGGAGCUUUGUGACGUGUGUGGGAGCCCGGAGCAGGAUUCCAGGCUGAAAGUGUUGUUCCAGGUUCUGGAUGUGAACGGCGACGGGGGCAUCUGUGUCAGUGACCUGACUAUUGGGCUAAAGAAGCUGGGAGUGCAUCGCACUGAACACGAACUGAUGAAAGUAUUAAAAGCAGGCGAUAAAGACUUGGACGGACAGUUAGACUUUAAGGAGUUCGUCCACUAUCUAAAAGACCAUGAGAAGAAACUCCGACUGGUGUUCAAGAGUUUAGACAAGAAGAAUGACGGCCGGAUCGACUCACAGGAAAUCCUGCAGUCCCUCUGUGACCUGGGGGUGAACAUCUCUGAGGAGCAGGCUGAGAAAAUUCUUAAAAGCAUGGAUACUAAUGGUACCAUGACGGUGGAGUGGAGCGAGUGGAGGGAUUACCACCUCCUGCAUCCAGCAGACAACAUACCUGAGAUCCUCCUGCACUGGAAACACUCAACGAUCUUUGAUGUCGGGGAGAGUAUGUUGGUACCAGAUGAAUUCACAGCAGAGGAGAAAAAGACAGGAAUGUGGUGGCGCCACCUGGUGGCCGGAGGCGGCGCAGGGGCAGUGUCUCGAACGUGCACUGCCCCUCUAGACAGACUCAAGGUCCUAAUGCAGGUCCACGCCUCCAGGAGUAACAGCAUGCAUGUCGCUGGGGGCUUCAGCCACAUGAUCCGAGAGGGAGGUUUGAGGUCGCUGUGGCGGGGAAACGGCAUCAACGUCAUAAAGAUCGCCCCAGAGUCUGCCAUUAAAUUCAUGGCCUAUGAACAGAUUAAGCGAUUGAUCGGGAGCAACCAGGAGACGCUGGGCAUCACUGAGAGGCUGGUGGCUGGUUCUCUGGCUGGAGCAAUCGCUCAGAGCAGCAUCUACCCUAUGGAGGUGCUGAAGACACGACUGGCUCUGAGGACGACGGGUCAGUACUCCGGGAUCUUGGACUGUGCUAAGCAAAUCUUACAGAAGGAGAGUGUGGCUGCUUUUUACAGAGGCUACAUACCCAACAUGCUGGGCAUCAUUCCCUACGCUGGCAUCGACCUGGCCGUCUAUGAGACGCUGAAGAAUUGGUGGCUCCAGCACUUCGCCACAGACAGCGCCGAUCCAGGCGUCUUCGUGCUCCUGGCCUGCGGCACCACCUCCAGCACCUGCGGCCAACUGGCCAGCUACCCGCUCGCGCUGGUCAGAACCCGGAUGCAGGCCCAAGCGACACUGCAGGGAGGUCCUCAGAUGAGCAUGACGGGCCUGUUCAGACACAUCCUCAGAAGCGAGGGGACCCGGGGACUGUACCGAGGCCUGGCACCCAACUUCAUGAAGGUUGUUCCCUCCGUUAGCAUCAGCUACGUGGUGUACGAGAACCUCAAGGUCACACUAAGGGUUCAGUCAACGUGAGGAAGGGCCCUGAUGGGCUCUAAGAAAGAAGCUGCUGAAACCAACAGCUGGAGAAGCACCAGCUAAUGUUCAUGGACACUUUGUUGGUAAAAGAUGAAAGUUAAAUUAAAAUUCAAAUACAUUUACACUAUAUUGUUUUUUGCUGUUAAUGUAACUGAAGGGCAAGUAAAGAAAUGUGCGAUGUGCAUUUCUGCUGCGUUUACUGAAGACUGGUGUAUCGGUGACUUGUGGGGACGUUGCUGCUAAGGCACAUGUUAAAGUGUUUCCGAGUCUCCAGAACCUGUGCGCUGAGCUGACGUGGACAGAACCGAUCCGGUGACCCACUUAUUCUGCACAGCCCUCGAGAAAGUGUAUAAAGAAUGUUUUAAAUUACUUUUUAGUGCCAGAACCUUUAGAAUUUUAAAACAUUGUAUAAACCUCCCUCAGACUCAGAUUAACCUUACUUAGGAACCAGGAAUAAUCACCAUGACGACUGUUUGUCCCAAUCAGUGUUGUCAUGUGUCAUGGAUAUUGCAUCUCAUGGGAAUGAAGGGAAGUCGAAGGUGUUGAUGUAACAUAAUCCUGGUUCUGCUCUUCUAAUAAUAUCUUAUUUAUUAGAAAUUCUGUUACUGACAACUGUAAAUGAUGUGAGCUGUCACGGUGUGAUGGUUCUUAAGGGAACGACGUGAACAUUUACUACUGGUCAAACAAGUGACAAUUGCAGAAUAAUGGAAUGUUGACUUUCCUUGAGUUUCUCAAUGAUGUGUCCUUUUGAAAAUAUGUUUUGUUUUACAUUUAUUGUAAUAUUUGCUUGUGUGGGUACAUGUAUGUUUGAGAUGUGGGUGUCUGACGUCUAUCUGGAGUCAUGAAGCCUUAGUUUUGUUCUACCAGCUGUUCUCCUUUGUUUACUAGCAGGUGCUUCGCUACCUGGUAAAGCAGAGACUGGUUGGAAAUCACUCGUCGAAUGUUUACUUGUUUUACUGUUGUAAUAAAGCAUUUUCAUUUAAGAGCUACUACGUUAUAAAACUCACAGUUUAAUCUUUACUAUUAGGCAGAUUAGACCCAGAGCUUCAAUGAUUCUUUUAGGACCGGUGCCUGUGUGCAAAGGUCUCUACAUCAUGUGUUACUGUCAAAGGUGGCAUUAAUUUGAGGUUCUCUGCUUUAAUUUUACUUUUUCUUUAGCUCAUAAAGAACGAGGGUCGUUGUUAAGAAGUGACUUCACAACAGGCAUUGUUUAAAAUAAAGCAACACACUGAAAUAACUGGA